GGAGUUUCUUAAACGAGACGAGGGGUGUGGAAAAGACAUAUCAGUGCCGACGGUGUCUGGGAUCGAAACUGAGCGCGCACCGGGAGCGCGCUUACCGGACUUCUGUGACGCUCGAGGAGAGCGUGGAGAUUUGAUCACGAGUAGGAACCCCGUUAACCUGCCCUGCCGCGUAAACCUUGUCAAAACGAGACAACCCCUCGCCCUCUGUCCGGUAAACUAGGACACCCAGGGAAACGGAUUGAAUUCCUUCCUCAAAUCACAGCCAACUGGUUCCAGUUCGAACCACCCGCACGCGCCGCGCUUGAAGCAACAUCUUUACCGCCACACUCUGUCCAUCCCGCUAACGGCUCAGGAAUACAAAGUUGUAUCACUUUUAAACGACUCUUCGGGACUGAACGCCUGUUACUCGUUUUUGACAGAAAUAUCAGAAUAUUUUUUGUUUGUGUGGUUUGAGUGGCGUUGGCUUGGAUGUACACGCGCGCGUCACUUGAUUCGCGCCGGGUUUUUUCCGUCGUUUCCCCCCGUUACUUAGUGUGGAAUAUCUGAGGACUUUAUUGAACGCUCCAGGAGGAAAGAAAAAUACUUUGAAGAACUGCAUAUGAAAAUUUGAGGAGUUUAUUUAUUAUUAUUUCCUUAUCAAGUACGUAUGAUAUUACAAUGUGUGUGGUGCGAGUCUUCGCCGCCCCUUUUAGACCAGAAUUAGUGUGGUCCCGGAGUAGAGGCUAGAUCUGUGUCUUCUCGGUCUAGCGCGCUCUCCUCACUGUCCUUUUUUUUAUUUAUUUUUUUCUUUCACCCCAAAGGUUAUUUGCCUGUCUCCAUGGAAUAACUGAUCAGGAAAACGACUUAAGGACAAGGUGUCUUGUUGUUCUUUUUUUAUUCCUUUUUUUUUCUUCUUCUUCUUCUUCCACCGCCUGUAACUGACGGGCGAUUUAAGGUUGGUUCUUCUCCGGAGAAUGCUCAAUGAUCGAUGGGGAAUCAUGAACAGCUCACCGGAACUCGAAGACGGACAGCGGGGCAAGAAUCAGACAUUCUGUAAGUGUGUGCCCAACUCCUCUCAGCUCAAACAUCGCUGGUCAGACUCAGACACAGUCAGACAUACACCGCCCAAGAGGAUGAGUUGUAGUUAUCUGCUAUGUACCAUCCUUCUCUUCGUGGCCGUUCUGCUCGCAGUCACAGUGACGGGAACCAUUCUUCUUAUGAACCACUACCAGGCUCCCCCCAUGUCGGAUGGCCCGCCUCAUAUUAGCACCAAUCAAGACGAAGCCAAUGCUUUAGUGACAGUCGAGAGGGGUGAUGGAUCACGCAUCAAUAUCUUCAUCGACCCCAACUGCCCUGAUUAUAACAGUAAUUUCCUGCGGCUGGAAGGUGUGCAGACAUCUUUGCUGCACUCACUCACAGACCACGAUACGGAUCUCAAGUCCGUCAAAGGUCAGGAUCGAGCGCUAUUGGUCAACUUGGCAGAGGAAGUUGCUAAGCUGUCUGCCCAUGCGGGACAGCUGAAGAUGGACUAUGAAUCUCUCAGAAGAGGACAAAGCAACCUGGGACAGGACCUGAAUACACUGCAGACUGAACAGAGCAGACUAAUACAGCUGCUCUCCGAGAGCCAGAUUAACAUGGUGAAGGUUGUCAACUCUGUGAGCGAUGCUCUAAAUGCCAUGCAGAAGGAAACUGGAGGUCUGAAAGCCAGGGUGAAGGCUGACCUGCAGAGGGCGCCAGUCAGAGGAGUUCGCCUUAAAGGCUGUGCUAAUGGCUCUCGUCCACGGGACUGUAGUGAUAUAUAUGCUAGCGGUCAGAGGGAAGAUGGCAUCUACUCUGUUUUUCCCACUCAUUACCCCGCCGGCUUUCAGGUCUACUGUGAUAUGAGCACGGACGGAGGUGGCUGGACGGUAAUCCAGCGGAGGGAGGAUGGAUCUGUGAACUUCUUCAGGGAGUGGGACUCCUACAGGGAAGGAUUUGGCAAAAUCACUGGAGAGUACUGGCUUGGGUUGAAACAAAUCCAUGCUCUGUCUAUCCAAGGAAACUACGAGCUGCGCAUAGAUCUUGAAGAUUUUGAGAACAGCACAGCUUUUGCACAGUAUGGAGUGUUUGGAGUUGGGCUGUUCUCUGUUGAUCCUGAGGAUGACGGUUACCCCCUCACCAUUGCUGAUUACACCGGCACUGCAGGAGAUUCAUUGCUUAAGCACAAUGGAAUGAAGUUCACAACAAAAGACAGAGACAACGAUCAUUCGGAGAACAACUGUGCUUCAUUCUAUCACGGUGCCUGGUGGUACCGCAACUGCCAUACCUCCAACCUUAAUGGCCAGUACCUGCGUGGACAGCACACCUCUUACGCCGACGGGAUCGAGUGGUCAUCCUGGACUGGGUGGCAGUACUCGCUAAAAUUCACAGAAAUGAAAAUUCGGCCAACGCGCGAAGAGCGAGAAAGCAAGUAACCACAGAAAAAGUAAAAUGUAAAUCUAAGGAAGGUAAAAAAAAAAAAGAUUAAAAAGACUUAAAUAUGGGACUUACUUGACAGUGGUUGUUGCUAAUCUGAAAAAAAGUCAGACUGUUGUGUGGCCAUGCUGUAAGUCUUACCCUCCAUGUGAUAAUCUCUUCAUCAUCAGGCCUUAAAGUUUCUUUACACGCAGAUGUCGGCUCUCAGCUCACCCCUGCACUGACUCAACUACUGUCAGUCAUACUUCAGUUCUGACAAAAAUGACAGUGAAUCAAGGAUUCUAUUAUCUUGCCAUUGGUUAGGGAAUUAAUUAAUGGAGGACUAUAUACGACAAUGAAAUGUUAGAAUGGUCCCUUCUGUCAACAAAGCUAGUUUCUUUUCUCCCUCAUAUUGUUUAACACACAAUUCAUAUGCCAAACACGCAUGCCAAGGCCAGAUCUCUUCUAAGUCUUCAUGUUUGAAGAAGAAGGCUAGUUCAAAAUAAGAUAGUGUGGCAAAUGGGAUGGAGAGAGAGAGAGAGAGAGAGAGAGAGAGAGAGGCGGUCUAGGAGGAGAGCAGUGCAAAGGUUUCUGUGGGAGUUUGUCUCUCAUCUGUCUGACAGGCCAUUAGUGAGCAUAUUGGCCACUUUGUCUGAUCGCCAUUGCCAAGUGAUCAUCAGGCAGGCUCUUCAUCUCGCACAUACGCAGAUGGAGGCUGUUUAUGCAUGUGUGUGAGCGAGAUAAAAGGGAAAUGUGAUAUUGCCUCGUCUCCUUCCCGAGCGUGUUUCUGACUCAGCACAAGUUUGAGUGUUCUCUGAGAACUUUUUUAUCAGCCCAAAAAUCUCCGAAAUUGAUUCGAAAAUCGAGUGUGUUUACUUAGCACUCAUUCACACAUCGUUUGUUCAUGCAUGACUUUGACGCUGUGUCAUAAUGCUAAUUUAAAGGAGCCUCCCUGCCCUCUUUUAUAUGUGAAUGCUAACGUGUAUAACAGCUCACUCACUGCCGUCACUCUCUCUAGCUCACUUUCCAAAGGUCAGACAUCUCGAACGUGAAUAUCGUGCUUCUUUCCCCUUUUGUUCGAGCUGCUCCCUUCAUCUCUCGCCCUUUUUCCCUCCUGGUCUUCUUCUAAUUUUUCCUCCCUCCGCUCUCCCUUCACUCCUUUGGCUUGUUUUCUUUGGUCCCCUGUGGAAGUGGAAAAGGUCAACAUGUCAUUUAGUACAAUUACACUGCUCAUUGUUCUCUCUUCUGCUCUUUUCUCACUUUUUCCUUUUCUCCCACUUCUGUUUCGUUAUCUCUCUCUCAACUUAAUUAUGUUCCUUUUUUAAAUCUCCAUUAUCAUAAUGAUGACAAUUCAUUUGUACUUUGCUUAAAUAUUGUAAUUUUGAAUUCACAAAGGAGAGAUUUACAUAUUUAACAUGAUUAAUGCACUAACAAAACUUUUGUUCCGUCCCUUAUUUGUUUGUUUGUUUGUUUGUUUUAUGUAUAAAGUUUUCAUGCUGACUUGUGAAUGAACUUGUGCAAGUAUGAAUUAAUUGAUCUUGGGUUUUGCAGCUUUGAGUUUUACUUCAUAAAUGUUCCAAGAGCUUUAAGAUAUGUGUAGAUUUCAUGUACAGUGUGUAUGUCUUAGAGACUUUUAGCGCAUGUGAAAUGUUUCCUUACAGGAAAUUGACAAAAGCACACAAAUGAAGCACGAUAGAAACAAUCCUCGAUAUGUCCUGAUAACGCCUGUUGUUACAUGACUGGGAUGGAAUGGAUCUGUUGUGUGGGACUGAAGUCUCUGGAAUGGACUCUUGUUUUUAAAUUCUAGUCUGGUAGGAGUGGAGUUAAAAUCCAUUAAAUGUACACCAACAAAUAAUGAGCACAUUACUCGAGAAAACAUGCGUGAAGAGGACUGUAAAAGCAACAUUACAGGAUGGUGUCAAGACUCUUAAAUGGACAUACUGUAAGUGAGUGCUCAUGCUUGUCUCUGGAGUCCUCUCUAAGUUUGCACCACUUUCACUACAAAGUUGCCUCUGUCAGUUUGUGUCUUUGUUAUGUAUUUUCCCCUUGUACUUAUUUUUCUAGUUCUCUCAACUCUGAUUUUUCCCCCUCCUCUCAUUCUGUGGAAUUACAUCGCAGUCAGCCUCUUUUCUCUGUCACCAUUUGCUUCAAAGUUAACCAUGCUGCCUGUUCAGCUGUCAAUAACGUUUCUUCAGUGUGUUGCCAUGGUAAUGAUCCCCUGAACAAGAGCUAACAGGCUGAACAAAGAAUGAAGGAAAGCGAUGUUAAAUGAUGUAACAAUGUCAUGAAACUGGGUCAAGAAAGGACAAAAAGACAAAAAGAAACCAAGAGUGCGCAUUAUAAUGGGACAGACACAGUUUGAAAUAAUUUGUAAUUAAGGGUCUCUGUGAGAAUGAGUGUGUGGAAAUGUGUGUGUGUGUGUGUGUGUGUGUGUGUGUGUGUGUGUGUGUGUGUGUGUGUGUGUGUGUGUGUGUGUGUGUGUGUGUGUGUGUGUGUGCGUGCGUGUGACUGAAUGAAACAAAAUAUACCUGUAAAGAAAAAAAGGAAAUUGUUAUUUCUGUGUAUGGCAUUUGCUCUUCAUAUUGUGUGCAUAUAUAUAUAAAAAAAAUCUAUAAAUAACAUAUAAAUAAAUUGAUUUCUGCAAUGGUACUGCAUGGAUUUUGA